CUCAGAUUCCCACGACCCCUCCUCCACACACACACACACACACACACACACGCUGAAGAACGGGCUGCAGGAGCACAGCAAACAGCACGGAAGAGACAGAGGCAGAGCAGCGCUGCACCACUUUUAUUUACAAUAAAAGCCACAUUUCAGGCUCUGCUGUUGCGCAUCGCUCUGACUCACGCUGAAAGAGCCAGGAGAGGACAGAGAUCUUACUGGAGACACUGGGACAAAGUGUGGAUUAUCCGUGGAUCAAAGUGAAGGAGUGGGAGGAAUAACACAACUCGGGAUUAUGUAUUCUGAUGAUGAUCCGGAGCCAGUUUCUGCCUCAGAUUUACGCCCAAAACCAGUCUGAAGCCAGAGGAUGACAGCUGCAAGUCCUGCCUGCAGCCCCGCCUCCUCCCACUCAUCACCUGCUUGCCUCCCAGCAUGCCACAGACACCUGAGGAAGGGCAAAGCCCUCCAAACCAAGCUGCGCUUGAGCUCCGCCCCUGGCAUGUGGCUGCUGCUGGGAGCGCUGGUGGUGCUGGUGGGGAUGAGCGUAGCAGUGGCGGGCUACGUUUCUGCAGCACCAAAGCCAGCGGGCGGACGCAGCAGCACCCAUGUUGAGAGGAUGAAGCUGGCCGGCCCCGUGGUCAUGGGGGUGGGGCUCUUCAUCUUCAUCUGCGCCGCCACGCUGCUUUAUGAGAACCGGGACCGGGAGGACCUCAGACAAGACACACCUGACGACUUGGAGGACCUGAAGGGGGGGAGCUGCUGGGAAGAUUCGCAGGAGCAGUGGGAGCACACAGAUGGGGAGGAGACCUCCUGGGCCACUCCAGCUCACCCACUCCCCCUCUCAAGCCAGAGCCCCCCGUUUCCUCCGUCUCCCUCCAACAAGCACAACAUCAGCAGCAAAGCGCCUCCUCCUGAUGCAGGAGCCACAAACGAAGAGGAAGCAGAUGCAACUAAGGAGGAGAAGAAAGGAAAGUCUGUCCUCCUCACCCGAGUCCUGCACCACCAGGAGCCCACUCCUCACACCCCCUCCCCCUGUCCUUCCAGCUCUCACGACUCUGUCCACUCAGACUCAUGCAACUCCAGUGAAAUCAACUUUAACGUAAGGACAGAUUCUGAACCUCCUCAGAACUGACUCGUAAACAAGCACACAAGUCUAUGCAUUCCUGAAUAAAGAGAUUACAUAUC